GUUAUUCUCCGAAUAUUUUUGGUCGCUUUUUGUCUUCGUGGUUGGCCAAAAUCGUUACGGGAUGGCAGUUAGAUUUUGGCCACGUUUAGGCCAUGAUGGCUAUCAAAGUUCUUGUCCUUUUGCUUAUUGCGUUUUUGGGCCAAUCGCAUCAGCGCUCUCAGCCCAGUGAUGCUACAUAUUACGCCGGAGUUGUGGAGCAUAUGGGGGCACCGGCUAGUAUCACAUCCCCCAGGGAUCGUACCACCUACAUCUCGACCGAAUUCCAAAGGAUUAUUGCCUCGGAUGAGGCCAAGGACUUGGAUAUCAUUGUAUUCCCGGAGCAUGUGACCAACUACAAGGAGACUGCCUCUUUUGUGCCACACGGUGGCCAGAACGUGACGCCCUGCUACCAAACGGACUACGAUCUCCUGCUGAUCGAGAUGUCCUGCGCCGCUCGGGCCACCGGCAUCUACGUGGUGAUCAACUUAAUUGAAAAGGAGAUUUGCGCCAAUGGCAGUGGAUCGAAUACCUAUGAUCCGUGUCCGGCUCAGGGUAUCCGUUUCUUCAACACAAAUGUGGUCUUCGAUCGGAGUGGCAGAGUGAUAUCUCGCUACCGGAAGACCCAUUUGUGGCGCCACGAAUACAAUUCCAGGUCUGUGCUCCGCCAGCCGGAUGUUUCCACAUUCGCUACGGAUUUCGGUGUGACCUUCGGUCACUUCAUUUGCUUCGAUAUGCUCUUCUACGAACCGGCCAUGGUCCUGGUGAGGGAUCUCAAUAUCACGGAUAUUAUCUAUCCGACGUAUUGGUUCUCGGAGCUGCCCUUCCUCACGGCCCUCCAGUUGCAGGAGGGUUGGUCCUUCGGGAACAACGUCAAUCUCCUGGCGGCGGAUGCCAGUGAUCCGGCGGGCAAGACAACCGGAUCCGGUAUCUAUGCCGGACGAUUGGGACGCCUGCAGGCGGAGAUCUUCGCCCAGCCGACGACACGAUUGCUGAAAGCCCGUGUCCCCAAGAAGGAUCGAGUCCAGCAACUGGGCGACCAGGUGGAGGAGCUAUUCACCCCCCGACUGAUCACUCCACGGCUGACCGGAGUGGACACCUAUCGGGACUAUAAUGUUGAUAUUUUCGAGACCGUUCUUUUGGAGCCGGACUUCCUGGAGGUGUCACAACGCCUGUGUCACGGCACUUUCUGUUGUGAUUUCUCGGCGAAGAGGGCUCUGACUCCGGGCGACAUUACGGCUGACCUCUUGACCUAUCGCUAUCGUAUCGCCGCCUAUUCGGGCGAUGAGACGACCGUUAUCCGUGUGGAUCGUUCCGAGCAGGCGGUCUGUGCCAUUAUUGCCUGCACGAACGCUAGUCUCCUCAGCUGUGGCUCCAUAUUUCCGGCAUCCGGCGGCCAAGUCGCCAAUAAACAUUACUUUGCGGAGAUCAAGAUCAACGCCAGUUUCCCGGCUGCUCCGCGCGGUCGUCGCCUCAUCAUGCCCAGCACUCUGGAUGGCAGCUUCAAGCCCAUCGCCGUCUCCAAGUUCGAUUGGUCGGAGUCGCCGGCUCCGGCUGCAAAAAAUCCGGACAAGGAAACCCGGAUCAGCUUGGAUCUGAUUCGGCCGCAAAACGACCUGCUGACGUUUGCCAUUUGGGCCAAUUACUACACGGACCUGCCCAGUACCCACAACUUGGAUCACAUGCAACCAACAACAGAGGGCGCUGUUGUGCCGACCCCGACCUCAGGGGCGCCAUCUAUGGUCUGGAAAUCACUCACUUCACUUUUGGUUCUAAUAAGUCUAAUUUUUCAAUUUUAAAAAAGAUAAUUUUUAAAAAUGUAUAUUUUUUUCAGCAAACUUUAUAAAUAAUAAUAUUUUUUUUGAAUA